AUGGCUUCUAUCUCUGCGCCAACAUCGAUUGCAACCUUUCCUCAACCGCACGCGUCCACCUCAAAACUCCCGCAUGUCGCUCUGAGCCCCGUAGUCGGCGACGCGAGGUCUGCCGUUGCUGCUGUUCAAGGAGAUGGCGUUUGGACUUAUGAUCUGUCUACUUUGAGAGCGGCGACUUCAUUCACGGUCCCCCCUGCCACCACCUUCACCACUUCCCCUAUCAGCUAUUGGACCACCAAGACGAAAGCCAAAGCCCCUGCUGCCAACGAUGGAGGCAUGGAUGUUGAUGAGCCUGAAGAUGGGACGCUGGAUCUCGAGACUGAAAUUCUCAAAGAAAGAGUCACUGCGGUCGGUGUUGGAAAGGAGAUUUGGGUAUGGAGAGGGGAGGAUGGUGAGAAGGAGGUUGUCCGGAUAAAAUCUCAAGUCAACGCUCUGCAUUACAUCCCAUCAUCGUCCACGCCCAUCCUCGCCCUCACUUCCUUCUCUCAAUUCUACCUCAUCGAUCCCUCAACAACUACAGCUCACUCGAUAAUGCCCUCCUCCAAAGGCGAACUUCUUACUUCCAGGAUCAUUCAAGGGGAAACCACGCGUUUGGUUCUUGUCAGUGUAGAUGGAAAAGUGGAAGUUUCCAAGGUUUGGGUGGAGGAUAAGAGAGUUGAAAGAUUGUUGGAAGGCAAGGUCGGAGAGGGCGAGUUGACCGGGGGUGAUAUCAGUGAAGAUGGUACCAUCAGUGUGCUUGACAAAAAGGGAAAUCUCUAUUCGACCUCAAUCCGUACCCUGUCCUCCACCUCGGUCCCUAUCCACUUGAAUCACCCUUCAGUCGCCCCCGUUGUGUGCUCGCUUCCCUCCGCCUCCCUUCCUCUUCUGCUGGUCCCCACCUCCCACCCCAAUCCUUCCCUUCUCUUGACAGUACCCUCUUCCACUCUUCCUUCUAUAAUCAGCACAUCCCCGCUCUCCUCCUCGACCUCUUCCGGUACCAUAUCUGCCCUGGGUGUCCUCUCAUCCAAGCACGGAGUCUACACCAUUGGUGUUGUCUUGUCUCACAAACACGGCGAGAGCGACGCUUCCGUUGGAAGGAGUGUGCUGUACACUUGCGAGAUUGCGUUGCCCGCUCAAGGGAUUGGAAUGGGUCUGCUCUUGGGUACCAAGAGCAAGACCGAGGAGUAUCUCAGUGUUGGAGGUGCCGAUAAAAAGGAGAAGAAGAGCGAGGAAGAGAAGAAAGAAGACAGACUGGUAGAAGCAGUCAACAAGGCGCUGAGAGCAAAGGAUGUGGCUGGUGCCACCAAGGCGUGGAGAAAUUAUGCUGCCUCUGAAACAGUCUUCAGCAGCAAACUCGUCAAGGCUAUCGUCAGCACCAUCUUUGGUGCGGCUUUGAACGGCGAAGGCAGGCCUACGGGCGUCUAUGCUGUAGAAGUUGCCAGAGAUCUCGUGAGCAAGGGCCUCGUGAAUGAUUCGAUGUGGAAAGAGAGCGUCGUCGUGGAUGGUUUGCUGCCACUGGGUGACUGGGAUACCAUUACUGCUGCGUUGUCAUCGAUAAAGACCAUCUCUUCUUCGGCGCUCGUCGCUUUGAUUCGUUCGUCCAUCACCUCCACAACUCCAUCGACCUCCGCCCUGCUCAAGAGCAUUCUUUCCCUCCCCCCUCCUGGCCCGACUUACAGGGUAGAUCUGCAUCAAGGCUUGACGGUGGAAGAGGCGACCCUGGUUUUGGAAGUGUACAACACUUGGGCUGCUGAGCAUGUGGAAGCGCUCUCUUACGGCCUGACUGGCUGGGAAAGUGCCUCUCCUAUCGAGGGCUCCGACCUGCCUUCUCUUACCAGUCUCGUCACUCAUACCUCUUCGCUCCUCGAUGCCCACCUCCCCUCAUUCCUUUCCCACCUCCCCUCCCACGAGACUCUGUCGCAGCUUCAAUCUUCUUUGGACCCGCUGUUGGCAGCUCAGAAUGAGUAUAGACAACUCCGAGGACCGGUGGAGGCGCUGCUGACGUUGUCGAGGAGGGAAGCGAAGAAGUCGGAGGAGCGCGCGCAGAAGAAGGGAAGGAAGGGAAAGAAGGCUGGCAAAGAGGAAGGCAAGUUGCCCGAAGAGAUUGUGGGGAAGUGGAAGGUGGAGGAUCUUGUGUUUUGA